AUGAGGGAAUGGUUGCUGGAACCCGGUGGAUCGCUCCACGUUGACGCCACCCUGUCCUCCCUUCGCUCCCAUCACGCUCUCUGCUCUUGUCUGUCAUUCUUUCUCUGUGUGUCUGUGUUUGUCUCUCUCUCUGUCUCUCUGUCUCUCUCUCUCUCUCUCUGUCUCUCUCUCUCUCUCUCUGUCUCUCUCUCUCUCUCUCUGUCUCUCUCUCUCUCUCUCUCUCUCUCUCUCUCUCUCUCUCUCUCUCUCUCUCUCUCUGUCUCUCUUUCUCUCUCUCUCUCUCUCUCUCUCUCUCUCUCUCUCUCUCUCUCUCUCUCUCUCUCUCCGCUCUCUCUCUCCGCUCUGUCACUCAAAAAACCGCCUUUUGGUCUUCGUCCUUCUCUCUCACUCGAGAGUGUUGUGUGUGUGUUUGUUGUUUGUUCUGUGGUCGCUGCUUCCUUCCUGCCCGUCUUUGGAUGGCAAGUUGGCCAGCUAGGUUUCGUAUCUUGGCCCUUGGAUCAGCAUCGCUACCCCUUUUGUGAGCAGCGCGGUUGCUACCUACAACCGCAUUCCCCGACACGCCGUUCGGUCCUGGGGACCGACGACACAAUGGAAGAGAACGUUGUUGCUGUCCUCGCAAACAUGAAGAAGUCUGGCCCCCAAUCCGAAGAUGGUGAUCAGCCCGCGGCCGUCCCCGACAGUCAGAUGGCCCCCGUCCCCACCGACGCCCCCGUCCCCUCCAACGAGUCUUCCGACGCCGCAAUGGCAGCUCGCGGUCGUGGUCGCGGUCGUGGUCGCGGUCGCGGUCGUGGACAAGGCGUCGAUGGCUCGGAUGAAGCCAACGGCAUCUCAAACGACGCUGCUGCUGAGCCCGUGGCAGUGGGCCCUGCCGUCCCCGUCACCGGUGACAUCAACGUGGGCGUCCAACCUCCCACCACCGGUGAUUUGUAUGACAUGAAUGGCCCCUCGGUCGGCCCUGUCCCCGCCACGGACCUAAGCGGGGCCCCCGUCGUCGUAUCCGAAGCCAUGGAUGAGAAUUUGGACCACUUGCCCCUCUUUCAGCCCUCCACCUCAGACACCCGCAUUGCCAAUGGCCGGUGGCGCUGGCCCCCAUCGGUUGUCUUGGUCAAGCAAUUGGCCCAGUUUAAGGCCUUUGUGGCAGCUAUCCCUGACAAGGAAAAGCAGCGGGAGUUGCGCAACCAGCGCCGUCGCUACCAAAACUACUUUUCGCAGCUCAAGCGCCGCAAGGGUCACCGCUUUGCUGAGCUUGCCCGCCAACGCCUGAUGCAACUCAAACCGACUGCCCAUGAUGCAGAAGACAUUGAGGCGCUCUUGUCGCAGGCCACCACCGCAACCGAACAGAUCAUGAAAGCAGACCCCGGUGUCGGUGGGGCUGCCGAGUCCAGUGGUCAUGCCAGUGCCAGUGCCACCAGUGCCGCCCCCAAUGCCACUGGGCCCGCCACCAGCAUCGCCACCAGCGUCGCCACCACCACACUCCCAAAGGCACUUCCCAGCGCCAAUGAAGGGGCUGCAAGUGGUAUGGACACUGGCCCUGAUACCGUUCCGCCGCCCGUGCCUGGGCCCAACCCUAGUGCUGAGGACAACGUUUCCAUUGUCCCCACUCCCGGGAGCACGAUGGGUCCGACUGCCGUGAGCACCGGUCCCAUUCCAGUCACCACCAACGCCCCGGCCGCGCCUUCCACCGCUGCCCCCACAACCAGUGAGGCCCCUACAGUCAACGUCGUCGCUCCUCCUGCUGCGACUACCCCCGCCCCCACCAAUGCUUAG